GCUGUGGGGCCGCGCUGUGGGGCCGGGCUCAGUGACCCCAUUGCUGGGGCUGACAAGCGGCCCGGCGGCCAGCACCCACCUGCGGCCGCCCAGAGCUGCAGCCGAGCACAUGACUCCCUCCAGCAGGACGUUUUCCAAGCAGCUCUGAACCCGGCCAGCCGCUCCCAAGGAGCGAUGGUACGGACUCACUUUAAAUUACCUUCGUUUUAAGCCCCGUCCCCCCGCGCCUCACCACGCAUUGCGUGACUGGUAACUACACACACUUUAUGUAAAUACAAAUAGAUCAGGCUUCCUCAAGGGCCGAAAGGCCCCGAAGAGAUGCAAACCCUCCCUAUUGCAAACAACCCCGGCGCCCUUCUGCUGCGGCCCAGCGCGGGUGGCGAGAAGCGGGCGCCGGCCGAGCCGCGAGGGCAGCCCCACGCUCGCCCUCUCCCUUCCAGCGGCGCCCCGCAGCCCCGGCGGGCACAGGCGGCCGGGAACGGGCACCGGGAGCAGGGAACAGCAACAAGGAGCAGGCGCCGGGCGGCCGCGGGCUCGGGCGCCUGCGCGGCGGGAGCGGGGCGGUGCCACCGCGCGUCCCCGCGGGCGGGCAGGGAGCCCUUCCCCUUCCCUUCCCUUCCCCGGGCCUCCCCCACCGCCUCCCCCUGCCCCGCGUCCCUUGCAGGGCGUCGGGCCGGCACGGGGGUCUGUGCGCCGCGCCGCGCCGCAGGGAGGGAGGGAGGGAGGCGAGGAAGGAGGGAGGCGGGGAGGGAGAGAGAGAGAGAGAGGCUGAGCCAGAUCUUCAUGCCACUGCAGGCAGCAGCAGCAGCAGCAAAACUUCUGAAGGUUUUCAGAAGACAAUAAGAGAACCACCAAGAAGGCUAUUGCAGUGUUGUCAAAUCCAGAAGUCUGGUACCAGGAGUGCCACUCCAGCUUCCUCACUGCUCCUGGUGGCUGGGGAAUAUCCCAACACUAUUUGCCUGUUGAAUGUGUGGAGAGUAUCCUUCUGAAGACAACUGUCUCCUUUGUGUUCGAGCACCUCCCACUAUAUGGCUCAGGCAAAUUGCAUGGUUUCACUCUGAAGUUCAAAAUUCUAUAAAUACUCAUCAGCUGGAAUUUACUACUGCCAAUAUGUAUCAUUCUGUGUCUGAAACCAGUCACCCUUUGCAAACAGAGGAACAAGAGAUAGGCAUUGAUCCCUUACAGAGUUUUUUGAGCAAGCCAGGGGAAGGAGGAUCAAAUGAAAAUGGAAGCACACCCCCCACCUCAGAUUCAGAUGGAACUUUUAUUUCUUACAGUAAAGAAUGGGAAGAACUAUUUGUAAACAACAAUUACUUGGCAACUAUACGGCUGAAGGGGAUUAAUGGGCAGCUGAGAAGCAGCAGGUUCCGUAGUGUUUGCUGGAAGUUAUUUCUGGACGUUCUACCGCAAGAUAGAAGUCAAUGGAUUAAAACCACUUCAGACUUAAGAACUUCUUACAAUAAGAUCAAAGAAAUUCACAUUACAAACCCUCGGAAAGCAGGACAGCAAGAUCUGAUAAUCAACAACCCACUCUCUCAGGACGAGGGGAGUCUUUGGAAUAAAUUUUUCCAGGAUAAAGAGCUUCGAGCUAUGAUUGAACAAGAUGUGACAAGAACCUUUCCUGAAAUGCAGUAUUUCCAGCAAGAGAAUGUAAGGAAAAUUCUUACAGAUGUUCUGUUCUGCUACGCCAGAGAAAAUGAGCAGUUGCUUUAUAAACAGGGCAUGCAUGAACUUCUAGCUCCCAUAGUCUUUAUCCUACAUUGUGACCACCAGGCUUUUUCGCAUGCCAGUGAAGCUGCACAACCAAGUGAGGAAAUGAAAGUUCUUUUGAAUCCUGAAUAUCUGGAACAUGAUGCAUACGCAAUGUUCACACGUCUUAUGAAAACAGCAGAACACUGGUUUUCAACUUUUGAACAUGACAGUCAGAAGGAGAAAGAUGUGAUGAUAACACCUAUGCCCUUUGCAAGGCCACAGGAUUUGGGGCCAUCUAUUGCUAUUGUAGCAAAAGUAAAUCAAAUUCAGGAUCAUCUGCUGAAGAAACAUGAUAUUGAGCUAUACAUGCAUCUGAACCGACUGGAAAUUGCUCCACAGAUUUAUGGACUGCGAUGGGUAAGGCUCCUGUUUGGACGUGAAUUUCCUCUUCAGGAUCUUCUGGUUGUCUGGGAUGCUCUAUUUGCUGACAGUAUCACCCUGAAUUUAGUUGACUACAUUUUUGUAGCCAUGUUGUUGUAUAUCAGAGAUGCCUUGAUUUCAAGUAAUUAUCAGACCUGUUUGGGACUUCUUAUGCAUUAUCCACCUAUUGGAGAUGUUCACUCCCUUAUCCUAAGAGCACUUUUUCUACGAGAUCCAAAGCGAAAUCCAAGACCGGUGACUCACCAGUUCCAACAAAAUUUAGAUUAUUACAAAGCACGUGGAGCAGACUUGAUGAACAAAACCCGUGCCAGUGCUAAAGCUGCCCCUCUGAACAUUAACAAAGUCUCCAACAGCUUACUGAAUUUUGGCCGAAAGCUCAUUGCUCCAGCCAUGGCUUCAGGUGGGGCAGUGGGAACUCCUGCUGGCGGGAGCAGCUUCCCUCCCUCUUCAAUGGCAAGCAGGAGCACAGUGGAAACCCCUCAGCACCACCAGCACCACCAGCACCACCAGCAGCAGCACCACCACCAGCACCACCAGGCACAGCAGCAGAGGAUGAUGAAGUCUGAAAGCAUGCCAGUUCAGCUGGGCAAAGGCGAGGCGGGCGAGGCGGCGCCGCCGGGGCCGGCCCAGGCCCAGCAGCAUCCCCCGGCCACCACAGGCCAAAGUUCAAAAAACAUCAGUUCAUCUCCAAGCAUAGAGAGCUUGUCUGGAGGACGUGAAUUUACAGGAUCUCCACCUUUGUCUGCAUCAAAAAAGGAUUCUUUCUUCAGCACCAUCUCCCGCUCACGUUCCCAAAGCAAAACUAUGAGCAGAAAAGAGUCGAGGACAUGCUCCACGAUUUUUCCAAGGACUAAGGAGGAGGAAUUAGAAGCCCAGAUUUCAUUCCUACAAGGACAGCUAAACGAUUUGGAAGCCAUGUGCAAAUAUUGUGCAAAGAUGAUGAACACACAUCUUGGAAAUAUUCAGGAAGUCAUUUUGCAAGAACACUUGGAAAAAGAAGAUGAAAUUCUGGUUUCCUUGGCUGGUUUGAAGCAGAUCAAGGAUAUCCUGAAAGGUUCAUUGCGUUUCAACCAGAGCCAGCUGGAAGCUGAAGAAAAUGAGCAAAUUACUAUUGCUGAUGAUCAUUACUGUUCCAAUAAUCAGAACAAGGGUGCAGGUGAUAUCCUAAAGGGACCUGUCAUGACAAAGCAACAGUUCAUCUCAGGACAACAGACUAUGACUGAUUCGAGCACUAGGGAGAGCAAGAAUGCUGAUGACUAUAUUAUGGUUUCCAAAGAAGAGGAAAGAAGUAAAAGUGCUGUUCCAGAGCCGGGGCAGGCCCUUCAGGCACACAAGGAGGCAGCGGUGAAGCCAGAAGUUCCAUCUCGUUCUUCUUUGAUAUUUUCUGAUCCUCUGAUGGGUUCCAUUUCAGCCUCCUCCAGCAACCUGAGCUCCAGCCCUGAUGAUGACAGUAGUAAUAACAGCAAAGAUUCUGACUUUGCUAUUGUCAGCCCACUGGACAUCUAAAGAAACAGGUUGGGAGAGUUUGGGAAGCCUGUCAUUACAACUCAGCUCUAAUUUCUGUGAUUCCAUGGGCUGGAAAGUUCUUUGGCUUACAAGGACAGAAAAUAGAUAAAGGUAACCCAUCUCAGCUUCCAAAAGCCUAAAUUAAAAUAUAAAGGCAAACAAAUAACAGAAAAAAAAGACGUAAAUUUGCUACUUUUAAAAAAUAAUAUAUACAUUUUAAUAACUGCCUUAAUAAAGACCCAGUAAAACCCAGUUCUAGUAUACAGCUAUUAUUAAUUAUGCUGUUACCUUACUUAGGAGCUUUGUUGCUAUAGAACUAUUGCUUUCCCAAAACAUAGAAUAGUAUAUGCUAGGUACCAUAAUGACAAUGUGUGGAUACUUGGCAUCAGACCUGAAGCAGCAAAGACAGGCUAGAUUUAAUAUUGUCCUUUUACAAAAUAUGCUUGACUGGGUUUUCUGUGUAGGAAAGGGUACUGUUUCUUCAGAGACUGUGAUUAGAGAAGUAGGGAAUGAGUAUCAAAAAGAUUAAAAGCAUCAUCCUGGUAGGAAGUUUGUUCUCCAUUGAGGAAUCCCAGUUUCUUCAUUUGCAUCUGGCAAUAGCCUGAGGUGUGUUCGGGGCAGAGGUUUGUGUAGUUGUUCCUCAGUGCAUACAGGAGACUAUGAGACAAACUCCUUGAGAAUGAGGACCUACACAACAGAGCCUUAUUUGCCUUUGUCUACUUUUUCCCCUUGAGAGUUCCCAGCUCACCUCUUUUCCACUUUGUCUACUUUUACUUCCCCUGGCAUUUUUUUUUUUUUUUUAUUUUACUUAUACUACCAAAGUUAAAACAGUAGGUGCAAGGGAAAUAAGAGUGUUUCAUAAUAUAGAACUGAGCUGGUUGAACUAAAGCUAGCUCAAGUAUGGUAACUUACCACGGAAGGUUGCAAAGUGAAAUGAAAUAUUCAUAAUUAAAAACAUUUUAUGUUUAUCUUCUAUAGACACUGUUUACAUAUAUUCCUAUAUGAUUUCCAUAUUUCUAAUCAAGAGAAACAUAACGGUGCAGCAGCAUUAACCAACAGAAAGUUUCUAAUUAACUCUGUUACUUGUUCUUCUAUGGAAAAGUGUAUUUCUUUCCCAUCAAGUCCAUAGUACACUUAAUAGCAGCUCUUUUCAAGUAGAUAAGGGGGGCUUUCUGUACUCUCUGAUCCCUUUAAUCUCUGUUGGAAUUCACAAAACGAAACUGGUGAUGAAUAGACUGCUCCUCUUGCAGGACCUACACAGAGUUAGCUUGAGGAAAGAAUGUUAGUAUGUCGCUCUGUCAUAGCAGCAAAAAAAAAGCAUUAUUUUCUUUUAAGAUGCAUAUACAUUAUACCAUGCAACAGUUUCCUAUUUGCAU